CGACUUCCGGCUGCGAUCGCGCGCCUUGGCGCCCGAGUGUCGGCAGCCUGCUAAGCGACGAAGCGAACUGUCGGCGAAGCCUUCAAUCUGCCACGGUCUCCAGCCAUGGCAGCAAGCGAUGCGGUCGACAAUUUUACAAACGACAGCGCCAUGAUGAUUGCGUGGGAGCGGGCGCUCGAGUCAAAGCGGCCCGACGCUCUCUUUGUCGACCCGCUUGCUGAGGCGCUGGCUGGCACCAAGGGCGAGACGCUCUCGGCAGGCUUCGGCAACAUGAGCCAGAUGUUUGGUUUCGAGGACUGGGCCGCGUUUCACAAGACGUGGGUCGCCGUCCGCACCCGUUUCAUCGACGACAGAGUCAAGGAGUGCGCAUGCGGCUUUAAGCAGCUUGUGAAUCUCGGCGCCGGGAUGGACACGCGACCCUACCGCCUCGAGUGCUACAAGGCGUUUGCCAAUGGCUCCUUCAACGUGGACAUGAAGGUGGUGAACGACGGCAAGGCUCGAAUCUUUGAGCGCGUGCUGCAGGCGCCAGCCGCGCACUGCCCUGUGCAUCGCGUCGAUCUCGACUUUAAGGACGAGGAGAGGACGCUAGCCACGGAGUUGGGGUCGGAGGGAUCGGCCUUCGAUGCCGCCGCACCGGCGCUAUUCAUCGCCGAGGGUCUGAUUAUGUACCUUGGCGCCUUGGGCAAGAUCAAGCUGCUGAAGGACGUCUCUGCGGUGGCCGCGCCGGGGUCCGUCUUUGUGUUGCAGUACAUGGACGCGUCUGAGAGCGAGGUGGCCAAGUCGACGCCGGGCGCACUGGACAAUGCUCUCAGCAAGGAGGAUGCGGCGCGGGAGCUGACCGAGCUUGGGUGGACGGACUUUGAGUUUAGCAAGUUUGGCGACGAGAGGCUGGACUUUGCGCGCUUCCCCACGGGACGAUUCCCGCCGAGCGCAGCCUUUUCCUUUUGCGUGUGCAUCCGACGUGAGGACAUCAAUGCUGAGGUGUGUGAGGACCUCUGUCACGGCUCACGCUCUGCAUGAGAACAGAGAAGCACUUGUGGAGCACUGGGAAGGUUUUUGUUGUUUGGUUUGUCCUGCCGACCCCUAGAGAGCCUAGUUCGCUUCUCCCAGUAAGCUAAAAGUACGUUACAUGUUU